GUCUGGCUGGACGAUAUGGCAUGUACAAGCUCAGAGGUUUCACUAAGGGACUGUCCUCACGUUGGUUGGGGAGUUGUUAGCUCAAAUUGUAACGGUCACACUGAAGAUAUUGCUGUUCAGUGUUCAGGAUAUACUGGCGAAUAUCAAGUUCGACUACAAGAUGGAAGUAAUAAUACAGGACGUAUUGAAGUAAACUACGCCGGAAACUGGAGCCCUAUUUGCGACAAUGAAUUUGGUAUGGAGGAGGCCGAUGUCAUAUGUAGAAUGGCUGGUUUUCCAAAUGGAGCUCUAACAAAGAGCAGUUAUUCAAAAUCUUCACACAUGGUGUUCCUUAAAGACCUCUCAUGUCAAGGAAGUGAAAGUUCAAUCAAAAAUUGUACUUUCAAUUUUUUUGCCAAUCAUACUUGUCCCAACAACAAGGUUGCAGGAGUCGUUUGCAAAGGAGGUGAAACAAAACCAUCUGUUAGCUUAAUGCCCAACAAGAGGGUGGAAAUAAGCUAUUACAAUAUUAGCAAGUCCAUUUGUUCAGAUGGCUUUGAUAACAAAGAUGCACGAGUAAUAUGUAAAAUGAAAGGAUAUAGUGAUGGUCAAAUCACGAAAAUAGAUAGUCGUACUCUAGAUGUAAAAGCAAAAGAAGUAUGGAUUUUGAAUAUGACAUGCAAGGGAACCGAGACUUCUAUUGAAGAAUGUGGUAUUAUCUGGAACUGGGAAAAUAAGGCUUGCAGCAGUGUUUACAGAGCUGGUGUUUCUUGUAAAAAAGGAUUAGAUUUGCGUCUUAUUGGUGGAGCCCGUAAUAACAGUGGUCGUCUUGAAAUACUCGUAAUGGGACAAUGGGGAACAGUUUGUGACAAAGGCUGGGAUAUCAAUGCUUCUGAUGUCGCUUGUAGGAUGCUUGGAUUUGCAAGAGCCCUGAAAUUCCAAAAGUUUCAACCGGGAAACACAUCACAACAUAUUUGGCUAAAAAACACAUCUUGCGUUGGCUGCGAAAGGUCUCUCGACGAUUGCUACCAUCCUGAUUGGGAAUCACAAUCUAGCUGUGAUCACAGUAAUGACAUUGGAUUAGUUUGUAUCCCAGGAGGGCCACCAAACCUCUCUGCUAAAGUGAUGGCGGAUGGAAGAAUAGAGAUUAGUUACUAUGGUGUUAACAGAUCCAUUUGCUACGAUGGCUUUGAUGCGAAAGAUGCACGAGUAAUAUGUAGAAUGAAUGGAUAUGACGAUGUUGCAUACAUUACACAAAUAACUAGCCAUGCUGGAAACCCAAGGACAGAAGAAGUAUGGCUUUUAGACAUGGCUUGUAAAGGAGACGAGAAUUACAUCAAAGAAUGCAGUAAUUCCUGGAACUGGGAAAACAAGAAUUGCGCAAAAAAUAACAACCUACGUGCUGGAAUUGUGUGUAAGAGAGAUACAGAUCCGAUAGAAGUUGAGUUCCGUCUUGAGGAUGUGACCACUCCUGCUCCAUAUUCUGGACGCCUAACCGUAAAGUAUUAUAGGACAUGGGGAAAUAUAUGUGCUAAGGAUUUAAAGCUAGAAGACGCACAUGUGAUCUGCAGAAUGUUAAAUUUUACCGGAGCAGUGACUAUUUCUCAUUGGGGCAAACAUACUGGUAACGUAAGUUUUGAGCUUGUCAAUCACUGCAAGGGAACAGAAGUGUCCAUGAAAAAUUGCACAGGGUUAAAACUAGAACAGGUUAACGCAUGUGAAGAAGGCAAUUACGCAGGGGUUGUUUGCACUCCAAAAAUUGUAGUCACACCAACACCAUUACCUCAAAACGUACGUCUAAGCGGUGGUGCAGACAAUGCAAGAGGCCGAGUUGAAGUUCAAAGGCAUAAAAUUUGGGGAUCGGUUUGCAAUUCGGGAUGGGACAUGCGUGCAGCUAAUGUGGUAUGUCGCAUGAAAGGUUUUGAUAGCGCAAUUACAGCAUAUAAGUCAUAUGGCGAAGGAACUGGUCCAAUAUGGAUGUCUGGGCUUCGAUGCAAAGGACGUGAAAACAAUAUUGAGGAGUGCACUAGUGAUGGGCAGGAAAAGACAACUUCAUGUAAUCAUAGCAUGGAUGCUGGAGUGGUCUGCCGUCGUUAUAAAGAUAAUAUAACAGUCGAUCUGGAAAAUCAAAUAUCAAAAUAUGAUGGCAGAGUGACGCUAAAGGUAAACGGCAGUGCAGGAUCAAUUUGUGGUAAUGGGUGGAACAAAAAGGAUGCAGAUGUCGCUUGUCAAAUGAAAGGAUUUAAACAAGCUUUAGUACCUAUCAGCCAUUUUGGAGGAGGACAAGCCAAAAUCUGGUUGUCAAACGUAGGCUGCAGCAAUAGCGACAAAUCACUAGAAGAGUGUAAUCAUGAUGGAUGGGUAAACAACUCAUGUCCUAACAAUCACCAUGCAGGAGUGAUAUGUGAACGGCCUGGAGUCAACGACCCAAAUUUUGGUAUGAGAUUGGUUAAAGUUCCAGGAACAAAUCUAAGUAAAGUGGAAGUCCAGUACUAUGGUGUUUGGGGAGCUGUGUCUGCUAACAACUGGAAUCUGGCUGACGCUCAUGUUGCAUGCUGGAGCAACAACUCAGGAAAAGCAUCAACAGCAGGAAGUCUUAUGAACGAUGAAAAACUUCCCAUUUUGAUAGAUAAUCUUGAUUGCCGUGGAAGCGAAAAUUCAAUAGAAGACUGUGGUUUUGAAUGGGGUAUCUCUGGUGCUAAACAAUCCAAAGUAGCUGCAGUUGGAUGCACCCCAGUUACAGUUGACGAUAAAAACUCAAUGACAGCGGCAAUAGGACCUGGACAGAAUACAGGACUUGGACAAGUGGACAUAAGAUACAAAACUAAAGACUAUGCUGUUUGUGGUGAUGACAGAUGGGACAUAAAAGAUGCCGAUGUGAUCUGCAGGAUGAAAAAUUUUAAAAAGGGCGCAAUGGCAGCAAUUAGAAAAUACACAAUUGAUCCAAGCAAACCAUUCCUUACUGGAUUUGAAUGUCGUAGUACUGAAAAAAGUUUAGGCGAGUGUUUCCGUGUUCAAACUUUGACUUGCCCAGGAAACUUCAUCGCAGGUGUUAUGUGUAAACCAAAUACAGGUAUACCGCCACAAAUGAAACUGCGGUUAGCAGAUAAUGGACGUGUAGAGGUAUCCUAUGGUGAUAAAUGGGGAACAAUAUGCAAUGACGGUAACAGCCAGCAAAAUGCUCGGGUCAUAUGUCGCAUGCUAGGGUAUAUCGAUUUUGAUGUGCAUGGUUCAACGUCCAAAACAAGUGGUCUAAUUUCUUGGCUUGGAGGCAUGCAAUGCAAAGGAACUGAAAAAUCCAUUGAAGAAUGCAAACCAAGAUGGGGAGAAGCAACUUGUAAUGAUGACAACAUGCUUAGAGUUACUUGCAAGAUAGCUGAUGCUCCUCACUUCCAAAUCCUUGGGAACGAUGCUAUUACUGACUCAACUGUCAAAAUCCACUUUCAGGACGUUGGAUCCAUUUCAGGCUUAAAAGCCAUCUAUCAAAUUGCUGUUGAAAGGAGGCCAUAUGAAGAGCGUCUCCAAUCCUUUAAUACUCAACAAAAGCGCUUCGAAUUUAAGAUAGUAAAUUACACCACAAGUGCUAACCUUAAAAGCGAAUCUUACAUUACUGCUGAAAUAGAAAGUUCAUAUCUACCCAAGAACAACUUUACCAUUGGUGACCUCAGUUUUGCCCAAGGAAAUGAUGGAUUUACUAAUGAGCCGCUUCAGCCAGAGACACCAUACAGAGUGUAUGUAAGGAUCGCAACUGACUCUUAUGAUAAGCAAACAAGGAUUUAUGGUGAUUAUUCUUACGUGGCCUUCAAAACAAACAAAGUAUUUGCUAAAGGUCGAGCUGAAAAACUGACCAGUUCGAGAGGGGGAGAAGCAGUGAUAGGAAUGUCCAUUGUGAUAAUAAUGUUGAUUGCUGUUAUCAUCUGUGCCUCUGUCUGGUUCAUAAGAAAACAAAGGAAUGAGGAAAUGGACGCUUCUGAUAAAAGUCAAGGACUUGAGAUGACAGACAAUGGUGACAUGCGUACAGUUAAUGAUAUACCAGAAGGCUACUACCAGGCACCGCUACGUGAAGAGCGUAACGAAUACGUCACUUCUCCAGAAAAGGAUAAUAAAGCUGCCUAUCAGUCUUUGGUAACUCGUACAAGGAUUGCUCGUAACAAGCAAGAAAACGAGUCUCCUUUGUACGUUGAAAUCAGGAGUUGAAGAGAUGAUUCCCGCAUGAGCAGCAAUUAAACUAAAAACCAUAGUUUCUCAUAAAUAAACGUAGAAAAUUGCGUGCUUUGUUUUAUUUUUAUUAAAACAAUAGAGAAAAYGUAGAAUUUGAUAGGAGUUUGAACAAGCUAAGGAAAUAGUGCUGUAAACAGUGCUAUUACAGGCUAGGUCAUCUGGUGUCUCUGAAGGUAAACACAGGGACCCCAGGAACAAUGUUCUUACUCAUUCACAAUCUACUUGUUUUCUCCAACUUUUUCAGGCUUUCACAAUUGAUUGCCAUUCAUUAAAUAAAUAGUUAAAAUAUUAACCAAAAGGGAAAAUAUUGGAAUUCACAAUUGAAUUAAUUAGGGUACUUGAAAUAAUGAGGGUAUAAAAUAAAGGUGUAAAUUUUCCAAGCAUAAAA